AUGGUUGGUGAUGACGUUGUUUUGCCCUGUCAGCUGGAGCCUCCUGCAGAUGCUACGACAAUUAUCCUGGAGUGGGCAAAACCUGACCUGAAUCCCAGAUUUGUCUUUGUGUGGCACAAUGGUCAGGAACUUGUGGUGGAUCAAAAUAAGGCCUACAAGGGAAGAACGUCCCUGUUCAUUGACAAACUAAAGCACGGAGACAUUUCACUGAAACUCUCCAAAGUGAAAAUCUCUGAUGAGGGAACAUACAGAUGUUACAUUCCAGAUCUGGAUAAAGAAUAUUUUGUUGAGCUUCUUGUUGUGGCUGUCUCCUCACCUGGUGUCAGCUUAGUGGGGACUGAUAGAUCCUCUAGUGGUGUUACAGUGGUGUUACAGUGUGAGUCUAAAGGCUGGUAUCCACAGCCUGAUGUGUUCUGGCUGAACAGUGAGGGAAACCUCCUCUCUGCUGGACCUACAAAGACAGUCAGAGGUCCUGAUGGUCUCUAUACUGUCAGCAGCAGAGUGACUGUGGAGAAGAGACAAAGCAACAACUUCACUUGUAGAGUUCAACAACACAACAUCAACCAGACCAGAGAGACACACAUUAUUGUUCCAGAGGAUUUCUUCAUGGCUCCAUCCAGUUGUGCUGCUUGUAUCACCACCAGCGUGUUGUUUUGCGUCAUGUUUAUUCUAGCAGUUGCCAUUUUUAUCUGGAAGUGGAGACACUACAAAAUUGAGGUUAAGAUGCACAAGAAGAAUAAAAAUGAACCAGAACAUCAUGGUUUGAUGGAGGGAGAAGUUUCCGAUUUCGAGCAUAAACUUAAUAAACAGUUACAGAAGAAAGAAGAAGAAAAGAAUGACUUGGAGAAGCUGAUUGAUAAACUCAUGAAACAAAAGAAGGAACUGGUGAACCAAAAGAAGCAAAUAAUUGUCCAAGUGGAGAAGACAGACGAAAUGGAUAGGGAGAAUGAAGAAAAGGUUAAAGCAGUGGACAAAGAAAUAUCAGAGAAGGAGGGAGACAAAACAGAAAACAAAGCACUAGGAUACUUGAAACUAAAAGAAAUCAUCAUGCAGGUUGUGAGGAUGUUUGUUGAGUACACUGUGACAGGCAGGGAUCAUCUAGGUCUUGAGAACUUAAUGGAAAAUGCAGCUUUUCCUCGUAUUGUUCCUGACAGACUGCAGUUCUUUGAAUAUGAGACUGUCUCUGUUCACUGUGAGGACAAAGAUGAGUCCAGUGGAUGGAGAGUAAUGACAAAGGAAAACAAAACCACUCUGUCAAACUCCUCUGACUGCCACACAUCAGCUCCAUCCUGCACCAUUUAUCUUAUCUUUAAAAGACACAGUGGAGAGUACUGGUGUGAAGAUGAAGAGGGACGAAAAAGUGAUGCUGUGUAUAUCUCUGUCACUGCUGGUUCUGUGAUCCUGGAGAGCCCUGCCCGUCCUGUGUUUGAGGGAGAAGAUGUGACUCUUUAUUGUAAAAACAACAGAACUCAGUCAAAACACAUAGCGGAUUUCUACAAAGAUGGUUACUCUCUCGGCACCCAGUACAUGGACAACCUGAUCAUCCAAAAUGUUUCCAUGUCUGAUGAAGGACUCUACAAGUGCAGCAUCUCUGGAGCUGGAGAAUCACCGGAGACACAUGAUGAAAAGACCACCGACAGUCCCCACAGGGAUUCCCCUCACCUCCUCACCCCUCUGUGGAUCGUUGUCAGUGCUUUAUUGGUGGCUCUGCUGCCAAGGCUGGUGGGACUGCUUCUCUGUAGGAAAGACACAGAACCAGACGUGUCCAGAGCAGACAUCAAGUCACUGUCACCAGAAGAGAGGAUUUUCUAUUCUGUAGUCGUCUACAGGCCACUGACACCUAACUGA